AUGUGGAUAGCUCAUCUUAACAGAUUGCCCACUCGCUCCAAACUCCAGUCAUGGGGAAUGCAGGUCUCCUCUGACUGUUGCAUAUGCGCUUCGAAUGUCGAGACUAGAGACCACCUACUUUUUACCUGCAGCUUUAGCAUGGAAAUUUGGAGAAUGAUACAUCGAAGACUUUCACUGCCUCCACCUCUUUUCAGGAACUGGGAAAGCUUGUUGGACUGGAUCAGAUUGAGCUCAGCCUCCUCCCCAUCUACACUAAGGAAGAUCGCCGCUCAAGCCACAAUUUAUGCAAUCUGGAAACAGAGAAACAACAUUCUGCACAAUCUCCAAGCCGUUCCACCAUCUGUUAUCUUCAAGGAAAUAGAUCGGGAGAUCAUCAACACAACUAUCGCGAGGAGACACUGCAAGAACUUUAAGAAGCUCUUCUAUCUUUGGGUCAGAUAA